AUGGAGGGCAAGCUCAAGCGCCUUCGCAAGGUACGCCAGGAAACUUCUAUCGCCGGCUUUGACGAGCGACACGAUUGUUCUUCAACUGGUGGCGUUGAUCUGGGAUUGGAGCGAGCUGCUGUAGACAUAGAGCUUGGAUCCGAGAAGAAUGCGGAUUUGGAGGGGCAUAGGGAUUCUACGGGCGAUGCUAGACCUGGUGACGGUAUGGAUUUCGGUGGUCCUGGAAAUUUGGAUUCAAAUGGGAGCUUGGAAGGUGGUAGUGAGUCAGAGUCGUCGAAGAACAGUUUGGAUGCCUGGAAAAAAAUCGCCAAGAAGAGCAAGACAGGCGAAGCAGUCUCCGAAGACAAUCCUGCGAGAUCUGGCAUGGGUCACGAGGAUUUGGAUCCGACUGGGAGCGACAAUGACUCAGAGACGUCUAGAAACAGUUUGGAUGAGCUACUUUCCGAUGGCAUCGUCACGAAGAAGAAGCGAAAAGUUUUCGCAAGAGAGCGCCAGGCGGAGGAGCUACUCUCCGACGGAAUUGAGAACGAGCGUGCAAGAUCUGGCGUGGGUAAUGGGAGCUUUAGUGGCUCAGAGUCGUCUAAGAACAGUUUGGAUGAGCUACUCUCCGAUGGUGUUGUUACCUCGAGCAAAAAGAGAAAAAGGAUAGCCGAGCCUGAGAACAAGCCUAUUGAUGCUCACAGCCUUCAACCUUCUUCGAGUUUGCAGGAUGAUACGAAACAUCAGGUCACCAAGAAGGAGCUUGACGAGAUGCAUGCAGAGUCGCAAAGAUUGCUACGAGAAACAAGGGAAGCGGCCUUUGAAGCAGCUCCUGUUUUUGAAGUUCCUAUGUCUGGGCUCUUAUCCAAAUUACGACAGAGGAAAAUUCAACUGGGAUGGAAGUCAGCGAGUAAGUUGAAAGUAAGUCAUCAAAACGACGUUGAUGUGGGGCAUGAUACGAGCCAGCUCCCUACGAUCUCAACAAGUUACUGUGAAAACGAGGAUGAAUGUUCCGGAAUGAAUAAAGUUCUAGAGGAUACUAGUUCUAGUAAGGAAUCUCCUGUAAGAUGCAGCAACGCUUUCAGACAGCCUUUAGAAGAUACUCAGGAUCUCUUUCCGGACUCCCAAGCUCUGGACUAUAUUCUCGCAGGAAGUCAAGAUAACUACAAUGGAGGGAUCCACUUGGACUUGCAUAUGACGGAAAGUCAAGAUGAAGCUCUUGGGACUACUGAGACCGUCGAAGCCUUCCCUGUGAAGCCUCCAAUCAUGGCACUUAUAGAUGACGAAGCUGAAGCUGAGGAUGAGGACCUUAUCCUUCAUAACAGUGAGGAGGACGAAGGAGAUGACAGUGCCGAAGUCCUCGAAAUUAUUGAUCGUUCAGCAGAGGCGGAAGAGCCUCUGGAUAAUGGCAGACGUGCCGAUCUUCAUCGUCAGUGGCUAGAACAACAAGAUGAAGCUCAGACCGACAGCAUCUUGUGGAGGAUUCAAGGAUCAUCAAAGCAGACGGAGUAUACAGCCGAGAUUUCUUCGUUUCUGGAUGCCGACGAUUCAGAUCCACAAGAGUUGUCACGGGGGACUUCGGUGAAACUGAAAGAAACAAAGGAAGCUGCGCCGCCUCCAUCUAUCGGUCUUGAGUUUUUGGAAGAGGACAUGCAAAUAUAUCACGAGUCGUCGGACGACGAAGAAACAGAGCGUACAAUUUUACGGCAACGGCUUCUCGAAACUGCUGAGAGGCAGGAACUGUUUAUGUCUCCUGCUGAUGAUGAAUCGUCAAGGGAGGUUCUGGGCAUCAUAAAGAAAGCAAACGUUUCUCAUAGUACUACGAAGAGAAAGUCUGCUCAACAAGAAACGUGUGUCUCUGUUUGUAAGUCUAAGUCAAUAUUUUCGAACCGGUCGACGUCGAAUUCGUCAUUGCUCAAGCAAACCAUAUGUACAAACUCGAAGUCGUUCAUAUUUGGACGUGAUGACAGUAGCAGCCUCUCCGGUUUUUCAGUUGCCGCACAGCACACCGUUAACAAAGAAACCCCUGCUCCAAAACCAAUAGAACAGAGAGGCCCCUCAUUGUUCUCAAUUCUCAAGCAGCAACAGACGGACCACCCGAGGCCGGGAGAGAGGAUUGUAAUGGCGGACAAGCUCUCCAUCUUUGGCAAAUUCCCCAAGAGAAAAGGGAAGUACUAGACGAUUCACCAAGAAACAGAUUUCCAAAAGGUACCAAAAUAUCUCUUACUUUCAAUUGAUUGUCCAGAAAAUGUGCAACCAGUUAGACCUUUCCAUCCUCCACAGCAGCGCAAUCAUGUAGUGGUCCUUCAAAUAUUUACUUUCCAAGAAGAGAAAAA